AUUAUUACCCUCGUCAUCAGUGAAGAGUCAUACAGAGUUAUAUCACGAAAUGUCAAGUAUUAUUAAGGAAAUUGACAAGUAAAUCGUACACACCGUAAAAUUUCAACUCCAUUCCAAUUCUAGUGAAAUGUCUGAUAAAGAUAAACCUGCGAAAAGCACACAAGUUCAAGGGAAAGCAAAACCACCUUCUAUAUCAGGUCCAUGCCCAUGGUUAUGCAACUUGGUCCCCACAAAUGUGCCAGGACCGGGUGCCGCGCAGAACGUACUGCAUCCACAAAAAGAUGUAUUUGUACUGAAGGUAGCCAAAGUGGGACCUAAAGGGGAUCGACGUUGUAAAAUGGAGUUAGAAUUAGUGACACCGAAAGGCCCUGAGAAAAAGUCCAUGGUACGCCUUGACACCAGAGAGACCCAAUGCGAACCAGAGCCUCCACCGUGUUGCUGCAUGAGAAGUAAAAAGAAAAAAAAAUGAACACAAUAAAUUUUUUUGCAACAAAUAUAGCAACAUUGUAAUUAUUUUGAUAGUUUAUUUUUAUCACUAAUUAAAUUUUAAUAUUUAGAAUGUAUAGAAUUCACCAGUAAAAUGGCCUCGACAUGAGAUAUUA